GGGCGGGCGAGUCGGGGGAUGCGCGCCAGGGGCGGCCGCCCCGCACCGGCGGGACUGACAGUCGGCCGGGCCGGGCGGUGGGGCCGGGGCCAGCCCGCGCACCUUCGUGGGGAGGAAGCGAGGUCCCCGGGAGGAAGGAGUGGAUUUGGUUUCCCCGCAGUCUGGCUUACACGUAAAGAAUGCAGCCAUCUGGCGGCUUGCGGUCCCUGGACUUGCCCCGAAGGUGGGAAGGAAGCCUUUCGGAUUGGACUAAGGUUUUAAUCUUCGGUGGGAGGCGGGGAGGAUCUGCCGGGCCUGAGGAGCAGUAGUAGUCUUCGAGAACAAAGAAUUAGAGAGCACCCACAAGUCGUAAUCUUGCCCAAAGUACUGUAACAAGGUUGAAAUUGGGCGAAGGGUAGACACCUUUUAGACAGGUGUUCCUGAAUACCACUGGCAACACGGUUCUGACAGUAUUUCAUAACAAUGGAUGGCGACAGUGCUACAACAGACGCUUCUCAGCUAGGCAUCUCUGCGGACUACAUCGGAGGAAGCCACUAUGUGAUACAGCCCCACGAUGAUACGGAGGACAGCAUGAAUGAUCAUGAAGACACAAAUGGUUCAAAAGAAAGUUUCAGAGAACAAGAUAUAUAUCUUCCAAUUGCAAACGUAGCAAGGAUAAUGAAAAACGCCAUACCUCAAACGGGAAAGAUUGCAAAAGAUGCCAAAGAAUGUGUUCAGGAAUGUGUAAGUGAGUUCAUCAGCUUUAUAACAUCUGAAGCAAGUGAAAGAUGCCAUCAGGAGAAACGGAAGACAAUCAACGGAGAAGAUAUUCUCUUUGCCAUGUCUACCUUAGGCUUCGACAGUUAUGUAGAACCUCUAAAAUUAUACCUUCAGAAAUUCAGAGAGGCUAUGAAAGGAGAGAAAGGAAUUGGUGGAGCAGUCACAACUACAGAUGGAUUAAGUGAAGAACUUACAGAGGAGGCAUUUACUAACCAGUUACCAGCUGGCUUAAUAACUGCAGAUGGUCAACAACAGAAUGUUAUGGUUUAUACAACGUCAUAUCAACAGAUUUCUGGUGUUCAGCAAAUUCAGUUUUCAUGAUCUGAAGAAAUGGUGGAAUGGGAGUGGAGAGAAGCGAGUCUGUACGAUUCCGGAACCAGAGACAUUAGAAGGAAAUGACUGGGGGAAGAUGUCUCUUUGUAUAUUAAAUAGCUGUAAUGUAGCUUCCUGAUGCUUGACUAAUUGAGGUGUUAAUUCUGACUUGAGAAUCUUUUUCAUGAAUGAUUUUAAAGAAAAAUUUGGAUUUUAAAGGUAUUAAAAUAUUUUUGUUUUGUACGAGAGUUUGUCGCUCUGUAUGACUCCUGUAUGCAUUGUAUAUUGCAAUUUAUUACUGUCAGAGAUUUGUAGACAGUUUCUUAUUUUCAUAUUGAAUCAUGUUACUUUUGUAAUUCAAGUAAGCAGCUGGGUUAAUUCAUGAUGUUUGCCCUUUUAAUAAAAUAUAAGGGUAGAGUUCA